UUUCCGUGCGCUGAAGGAUUCGUGCAAUGCAGUGUUCAUUUUGAUUGAGUCCAAAAUGCCCGACUGCUGUGCUGCAGCAAACUGCAAGCCGAGUACCGACCAGUCUAACGUUUCCUUCUUCAGGUUCCCGCUGGAUCCAGACCGAUGUAAACAAUGGAUAGGAAACUGCCGCAGACCAGAUCUGGAAAGCAAAACACCUGCAUUUUUACACAGGAACUAUAAAUUGUGCUCUAAACAUUUUGAGACGUCAAUGAUAUGCCAACAAAGCGCUCUUAAGUCCGUUUUGAAGGAGGAUGCAGUUCCUACUUUAUUUGACUUUACAACCAAUGAGGAGAUGGCACAAAACAGCAGCAGAAAAAGAACAAGAGAGAAAACCGAAGAGGAGACAGUUGUCACAAAGAAAACUAAAGGUACCACAGAUAACUCAAAGCUCUCUGAAAUAACAGCUGAAGUUAAUGUUGAGAGUGACCCUGUUGAGAACAUCGAAACGCAGAAUCAUCCUGUACAUGAUGAAUCAGAGAAGGAGGAUCCUGCUAUUUCCAAAGCUAAGGAAACUUUGAAAGACUACUUCAAGGAGACUUUAGCUUUAACUGGUUUCAGCAUCUGCAACAAUCCAACCCUCAACACUACCAAAACACUGGGAAAAGACCCAGCUGGGCCACUCUCUGUCAAUGCCAUAUGUGCAGAGAAGAUUGACCGGAGAGAAGUGCUCACCUUAGGAGAGGAUGUUAUGCGUGAAGAGAUUCGCAAUGGAUUGCGCCUUGCUCGCUUUUUCUCCAUACUUCUCGAAGACAAGAUAAACACUGAGGGCAAGGACCAGAUCCCUGUGUUUGUCCGCUCCAUGACAGGUGUAGGCUUCCCACAAAAGCACCUUAUGGGAUUCCUUCCCUGUGACAUUGACUCUGACAAUCUUUUUCUCAUGCUUAUAUCUGAGAUCCGCAAUAAGUGGGGCCUGCGAAUGGAGCACUGCCGCGGGUUCACAUACCUGUCAACCGGUAGCAUGAGUCUUAAAUUGAAGGAACUCGCCUGCAGGAUGCUGCGGGAUUUUCCACAGGUGGUGUUGGCCCCCUCUGACCCUUACGCCUUCAAUGUGUGGUUGAUUCGCUCCAUACCUAUUCUUUCAAUUCAAGAGGUUGUUGGUACUGUUGAGGAGGUCGCCGCCGUUAUUAGGCAGUCUGAAACUCUAGCGAAGAAGCUUGAGGCCAAGAUCACUGCUUCAUAUGGCCACAUCAAAGGUGAGGUGGACAGAGUCAAGGAUGCUUGCCAUAACCAUUGGGAAUAUGGCACCGAUGCUUUCCAGACAAUGCUUGAAAUCUUGGAGCCCGUUUUGAACAGCAUUGGAGAGAUGUGCACCAGUGCCCUUUCAGAUGUAGAUGCAGAAACUGUUGAAGCACUUCUAAAGCUUAAAGAGAAGCUAAAGAAUUUUAACUUCAUUAUUACUCUUGUGGUCUUGAAGAGCACAUUGUGCUGUGUAAGCAUCCUGAACCCCAGUCUCAGGGGAAUAAUCAGUGUCAGCAGCACUUUACAAUACACAAUCUCCAACGCCUUAAAGCUUCUCAACAAACAUAUGCAGGAGAUCGCCAUUUUUCAUAGGAAGUGGUUCUCUGAUGCAGUGUGCAGGGCUAAAAAGUUGGGCGUGUCGGUCAGUCUGCCAGAAGAUUUGGUGACAAAUGGUGAAGAUACAGAGAAAGCCCAGUCCUCCUUGGAGGAUUACUACAGGGAAGCACUGAGCAAGUUGGUCUUGCAAUACCUUGUUGAUGAAGUCAAAAGAGUCCUAGGUCCUGAAAUGAUAAGAAUCCUCAGAUGGUUGUCAUUGGUGCCAUCGUACAUGGCUGACCACAAUUUUAGCAUCCGUAAAGACAAAGUUGCUGAUGCUAACCUGAACAACUUGGCUCGACCUGACUCCUUUUAUGAUGAGCUGGGCUGUUGGGAAGUGAAAUGGAGGCAUGCUAGCAAGCGACGGAUUCUUCCCACCAAUGUAUAUGCUACGCUUAAGAUCCCAGAUAUUGGCUUUUACCCAAAUAUACAGAGCCUGUUGAGGGUGCUGGGUACCAUUCCAUGUAUCCGAGCUGAAGCAGAUGUGUAUGGGCAGUAUGAGAUGGUGCUUGACCGGUAUCGCUCUUAUAUGAAGGAGGUUCCAGCAGAAAAGAGACUGUGCAAUAUGGCCUUUGUUUAUGUGAAUCAAGAUGUUCACUUCAGCAUUGAGGAAAUGGUGGAGGCAUAUGUUAAGAAAUAUCCAGAAAUCCUUGAGCAGUUGCAUGAGGAUGAAGUGAUGGAAGUGCAGCCAUCAGUUCCAGAAACCAGUGCAAAUGACACUACUAAAGAAGAUAUGGAAGAACCAAGAGAGAUGACUUUAAAUAUGGAAACUGAGAUACAGAAACUGCCCGAAUGCGCAGAAACUGAUAAAGAAGCUUUGAAAUCUGCAUUACAGGCUGCUGUCACUGCAGCCUAUUGCAGGCAAAGCAGACAAUCCCAUGGUGAUCAAGAUCAAGAAGUGGAAUACGUGACCAAAUCUGAGAUUAAUGAAGUCCUUAAAGUGUGUGAGGAUGUUGUCAGGGAAAGAAUUCUUUCAGAGGUUGGCAAUGCAUUCUUCUCCAUUUUUAUUGACCGUGUUGUCAAGCUUGGAGAAACUGACUACUUACCCAUGUUCCUCAGAUUUGUUGAUAGUUUUGAUGUCAUGCGCCUUGAGCUUAUGGGAUUUGUUGAGGUGACUCUGGACACAGAGGCCAUGUGUGAACGACUUUUUGAUGUCAUAACUAAAGAGUGGCAUCUGGAUUUAAGCUACUGUAGGGGUCAAGCUUACCUUGGCUCUGGUGAAGUGUCCUACAAGCUCAAAGCCUUUGCAUGCAAAAUACAGGAGAAGUAUCCACUUGCUAUAUGCACACACUGCUCAUGUUACUCUUUCAAUACUUGGUGGUCAAGGUCAGUUCCUGUCGCCACAAUCGUCAGAGCAAUAGAUACUUUAGAGGAGAUAGUGUCGUUUUUCCGCAGCACUCCUACUCUUGAGAAACAAUUAGAUGAAGUCUUAACCAUUGGCCUGAGAGAGAGCUAUGAGAAAAUCCAUGAGCUUCAAGGAAAAUUCUGCUCCUCUUGGCUGGAGAAGCAUGACUCUUACGAAGUCUUUUCUCAGAUUCUAGAGCCGUUGGCAGUGUGUCUCGAAAAUAUUAGUAAUGGCACGCCACAAAAAUGGAGUUUGGCAGUAUCCAACCGAGCCAAGAGACUGCUUCAGUUCAUUCGGGACUUUGAAUUCAUUGUGGCAAUGGUUACACUGAAAAAUGCCUCGUCCUUCACUAGAGAACUUAGUGCAGCACUGCAGAAAGACCAUUUUAGUGCUGCCUCACAGCUUUGCCAGAUCAGUGGCAUUGUGGCCACACUCAACCGGGUGAAGACCAACAUCAAGGUUUUUCAUCAAAACUGGUUUGAUGAAGCUUGUGCUUUUGCUCAGAAUAUGGGUGUGCAGGUUAAAUUGCCUGAUAGUGUGACAGUUCCAAGGGACAGCAUCUUGAAGCCAGGUACGUACUACAAAGACACAACUAGUGUCCCUUUAGUUGACCACCUCAUAAACAUGGUAAAGGACUAUUUCUCUGAUGACCACAAGGAGGCACUAAACCUUUUGUCCCUGGUACCGAGCUCUGUUACUAUGAGCUAUGUUUUUGAAACCCUCAAGUCAAAACCUCCAUUGUACGUUGAUUAUGUGCGUGUUGCCGAGCACUGCUCUGGAAUACUGCGGCGAAGUGAAGCGGCAUACGAUGUAUCAAGACUACUUGAGAAACACCUCGCGUAA